AUGAGCUCCAGCUUGAUCAACUCUUUAGCCAGAAUGUAUGAUCCCAAGCCUCUUCAUGGUCAGAAGUCUGGUGGAAGAAAGUCCUCCCUCAAUGGAUCAGACAAGUCCCAAGCUACUUCCUCUUCCUCUUCUCAUGACGCUUCCCUACGCUGCAUUGAGAGUCGCAUGGACUCCUUGGCCUCUCAGAUGGCAUGUUUGCUCAACAUGCAGCACAUCGUCCUGACCCGACUCGACAGUUUGUCCCAGGAUGUGAGAAGGAUGGAUCGAGGUCGGGCAUUUAUGAGCGAAGAGGGUCGUGGUGAUGCAGAUGCUGGAGGUAGUAAUGGUUCAGAAGUUGCAGUAGCAUGUGGGGAGUUGUGGGGGGUGGUGGAGAGGGUGUAUGAGCGGAUUGAAAGUCAGGGCCACAGGUUGGAAGCGGUGGUAAAACUGGUGGAGGGCAUCCAGCAGGUGAUCAGCUUCAUUGGUGAAGUGGUGAAGAGCUCAAGGCUGAUGAAGCUGGUCUUUAAAAAGCCUGGAAGCCAAUACAAACGCAAGGGAAAGGAUGACAAGGAUAAAGGCAAACUGAACCUGAAGAGCCUCAAACCUCAGAAGAAGAGGAGGUCUCUCGAAACUUCAGACUCACUGACUGGAUUGGUGCUGCCAGAACAGGUAGAAAAACUCAACAAAAAGAAUAUUGAUCAUUCUCAUGGAAACAACAAGGCAGAGGACAGGUCAAAUGGAAGCCAUCUUGAGUCAUCCACACUGAUUCUGAAUGGAUCAGCUAAGGAGAGCGAGGAUGUCUUCGAAGACUCAGGUCCUGAGGAAGAGGUGGAAUUAGCGAUAAAGUCAUCAGAUUUAAAUUCAGAGAAGACUGACGAUGAAGAAGAGGAAGACAAGCAGAAGAAUAAAUCAGAUGCAGAAAUCUCAUCCACAACCCUGAGUAACUUUGCAGACAUUUCUUCUAAGACUGGCAAGACGUCUGUCAUAAAACAAGAGAGUUCUGAUGAGGUUGGUGAUGUGGCCGCCUGCAGCAAACGUCGUGUCACUGAAGAAGACGUGGUGAAGGACGAUCUUAAAAAGAGUCGAGUGGAAGGCAAUAAUGAUAAAAGGGCUGAUGGAAAUGUGUUGGAGACAGACACGCCAAAACAUACCGACUCUGAUGCAGUCAACACAGAGGGACGUGAGGGAAACAAUGACCAGUCUGAUGUGAAGGAAUUCUUCAUAGACUCCAGUCCUCCACCACCAGCACCCUUUGACCAUCGCAUAGUGACUCCCAAACCUCAUCAAAUAGCAGCCUACUACUCCAUCAACAGAGAUGAGGUCCUCGGAGGGGGACGUUUUGGUCAGGUCCACAAGUGCAUUGAAAACUCAUCUGGCCUAAGAUUGGCUGCCAAGAUCAUCAAGGCCAAGAGUCAGAAGGAAAAGGAUGUGGUGAGGAAUGAAAUCCAGGUAAUGAACCAGCUCAACCACUGCAACCUCAUCCAGCUGUAUGCAGCCUUUGAGUCCCGUCAUGACGUCAUCCUUGUCAUGGAGUAUGUUGAGGGGGGUGAGCUGUUUGACCGCAUCAUUGACGAGAACUGCAACCUAACUGAGUUUGACACGGUGCUGUUUAUACGCCAAAUUUGUGAGGGACUGCAGUAUAUGCACAGAAUGUACAUACUGCAUCUUGACCUCAAGCCAGAGAACAUUCUUUGUGUCAGCAGAGCAACAAACAAGAUAAAAAUUAUUGAUUUUGGUUUGGCCCGGAGGUACAAACCUCGAGAGAAGCUGAAGGUCAACUUCGGAACGCCUGAAUUUUUGGCCCCUGAAGUUAUCAACUAUGAGUUUGUUUCAUUCCCUACAGACAUGUGGAGUCUUGGGGUCAUCACUUAUAUGCUACUUAGUGGCUUGUCUCCUUUUCUUGGGGAUGAUGACAAUGAAACUCUAAACAACAUUCUGGCCUGUCAGUGGAACUUUGAGGAAGAGGAGUUUACAGAUGUUUCUGAAGAGGCCAAAGACUUCAUCACACGUUUGCUGGUAAAGAGCAAAAACUGGAGGAUGAGUGCAACAGAGUCUCUCAGACACCCCUGGCUGUCAGAACAAAGUCUGCACUACAAGUUACAUGUGAAGAAAAACAAGUCACGCUCCACACGACCAACCUCUCCAGAGUGCUAAACAGAAACAUUGGAAGACCACCAGUAUGCCUUUUGACAAUGUUGGGCCCUCAUGCCCAACACUGGACCAAUGCUGCUGUACUUGUAUGGCUACUGAAUAUCUACUCUCUACUUAGCAUCACCACAUUAGCUUGGAGCAGCUGCUCUUACAGUACCUCUCAUCAGCAGUAGAGUGGGGUUUGGGUUAGGGUUAGAGUUAGAGUGAGGCCAGAAUAAGAAGCAGGACAGUUUUAUCAUUGUAGUUGUAAUACAAAUUGUUGACUGUCCUGAAGAAUAUAAUAGCUUAGACUUAAUCUUUAACAUCCCUGGUGUGUGGUGACAUGCCUCUACAGAUAUUGCCAUGUAUAAUUCAUGAUUUUAAAGAUAAAGGGCGGUGAUAAAAUUGAAGAAGACAUGAUGAUCGAUUGAAUGUUUUGGAUAUUCUCAAAUUAGAGAUACAGCAUCCACCACGUUAAACGGAAAAAUGUUUUACUGGUUUUUUGCAUGCAUGGCACUUUUUGGUCUAUUUUUCCACUGUUCAGCAAACAAUUUAUUGAAUGCUACUACUGUAAUCAACCUCUAUGUUUUGGAGACUACAUGUUACUUUCUUUUUUAUGUACAAGUCUUAUGAAAUUUUUUAUUUUGUGAGAAACAUGAAAAAACUGUUGGAAUUUUGUAUAUUAGAUUUGUAAUGCACAAAAAUCUAAAUAUGUCAAUGAUUGAAACCUGUCAUACUCAGCACAUGUUUAUCGUACUUUCCUUGCUGUUAGCUUUCAUGUCGAUGGCUGCCUUUUGCUUUGGCAGCCUGGAGUAGGUAGCCCCCUCACCUUCCAUGAAGGCAUAACAAAUAUAAUUUACACAAUACUACCUAUGAAUGUUUCAGGUAUAUGACUGGUGUUGAUUUGGAUGUUCUUUUUUUUUUUUUUUUUUUUACUGGUUUAACAAGUGUACUUGAAGUGCAGGAUUUCUGUCAUUUCUGCACAGUUAGUCAGAAUUCAGUAAAAUGGUGAACCAAAAAUAGAGCAGAGAUUGUAGUCUGCAUUAAUUUGUGCAGUACUGUCACAGUCUUGUUAAGAUAGCUAUUGGUAGGAAGUCACUGAACGACCCACAAUCUUAUUAUUAGAAAUUUCAGCUCAUACUAAGGAUGUUUCUUAUUGGGGUGUACAUCCCAACUCCUUGGUCAUAUGCUGCCUGUUACUGUUUUGUGUUUUGGCUGGCUUGUUCAGAUUCUUGACCAUUGCAUCUUUAUGUGAUGGAAUGUUUGUCACAAUUGUUUGCAGUUCCAUUUUGGACUGAAAAGCUUUGUAAUUUUGAAUAAU